UAUUUUUUAUUAGACCACUUGCUGGUAAGUGGUAAUUGUUGUCUAUUUUGCAUGUUAUAUGAAUAGCAUUAUAAACUAUAAAGAAUACUGUAGUGGGUAGCACUGUUAUUAAUAAUUGGAGGGCAGUUACAAAAUAAAGUGUGUUGUAUAUUGAACGCUCGCCUGUGAUUUAUCCCGCUACUAUAAAAUAUUACAUUGGCGACGAAAUUAAAGUCAAAACUUACGCGGAAGUGCAAAACUAUAUUUAAAAAGACGGAGAAUAAUAUAAUUUUAGAAAAAAAUGUCAGUAGGCAAAGUCAGUGAAUUCAAUGUUGGAAAUGGCGCGUGGUCGGCAUACGUGGAAAGAUUGAAUAUGUAUUUUGUUGCAAAUGAGGUGAAACCGGAAUUAAAAUUACCGACACUGAUAUCAGUGAUGGGUGAUGAAGCUUACGAAUUGUUAUCAAAUCUCGCAGAUCCAAGGAAACCAUCGGACUUAACCUACAAGGAUGCAGUGGAAUUAUUACGUCAGCAUCUGCAACCAACACCGUCAGUGCUCGCUGAAAGACAUCGAUUUAGACAGCGUCGUCAAGGUGUCGACGAAAACAUCACUAGUUACGUGGCUGAAUUAAAAAAACUCGCACGACACUGUCAGUUUAAAGAUCUAGAGGAAAACCUAAGAGAUCAAUUAGUAUGUGGUUUAAGAAGCGAUAUUAUACGACAGAGAUUAUUCGCAGAAGACGACAAAUUACUGACAUAUCAUUCGGCAGUCAGGAUAGCAACAUCACUAGAGGCAGCGGAGCGCGACGCGGCAGCAGUGGAAUUAAAAUCAGCUGGGUGCGAGGUCUUAAACCUUGCGGACGACGGAGGAGCCCCACCAGUGCAUUCGAUGCAGGGGCGAUUUAGAAGAGGAUCACAUAGCACACGUGGCGGACAGCGCGGCGGCGGAGGUCGGCCGGCAAACACCGCGCGGAGCGGAACAGUCGGAUCACAGACUGGGGUCAACGGCAGCGGUGGCUGGGAGCGUAAUUGUCGUGGUUGUGGAGCGGCUGACCAUUAUUAUACAGUGUGUCGAUUCCGCGAUUAUACAUGCAGCAGAUGCAGGCGCAUCGGACACCUACGUCGGGUAUGCCCGGAACGUAGCGGCAGUAGUCGUAGAGGUCACAACAAUAACACGAGGUUGUACUACGGUGAGGCGACCGAGGAUCUAACUCGUGACAUAAACACCAAUGAAGAGGAGUUUCAUCAUUUGUGUUUGAACGAUUACAGAGCGAUAUAAAGAGCUAUUUAGCGGCGGAUUGGGUCGGUACACAGGCGGGGUGGCGACGCUGCGGGUGCGCGAGGACGCCUCGCCGGUAUUCCACCGCGCGCGGCCGCUACCCUACGCGUUGCGCGAGGCCGUCGAGGCCGAGUUGGACGCUAUGCUGCGCGACGGGGUCAUCGAGCCCAUCCACUGCUCCGAUUGGGCCUCUCCGCUAGUACCGGUAAUGAAACCUGACGGUUCCUUGAGAAUUUGUGCGGAUUAUAAGGCAACCGUGAACCCGGUCUUAAUAAUCGAUAGGUAUCCUUUACCUAGAAUAGAUGAUAUUAUGGUAAAAUUAAGCGGCGCCCGCUAUUUUUCAAAAAUAGACCUGUCUCAAGCAUAUAAUCAAAUUGAGCUUGACGACACAAAAAAAUACACUGUCAUAAACACACAUAGAGGGUUAUAUAGGUACAAUAGGCUAGUUUAUGGACUUUCAUCAAGUCCAGGAAUAUUCCAACGUACUAUGUGUGAUUUAUUAAAAGGUAUCCCUAAUGUGGAAAUAUUUUUAGAUGACGUUAUUAUUGGCGGGAAAAAUAAACAGGAGCAUCUGUUAGCGUUGGAGGCUGUUUUCUCUCGAUUACAUCGCUUUGGAUUAAAGUUAAAAAGUAGUAAAUGUGUUUUUCUCGUGAAUGAAAUACAGUAUUUGGGAUACGUUAUAAGUAAAGAAGGCAUCAAAACAGAUCCAUCUAAGGUUGAGGCGAUAAAGAACAUACCCAAACCAUCUAACAUACAAGAAUUACGAUCAUUCUUAGGAUUAAUAAAUUUCUAUACUAAGUUUAUUAAAAAUAUGAGCCAAAAACUAGUGCCCCUAUAUGAAUUACUAAAAAAGGGGCGCAUAUGGUUCUGGUCCCCAGAAUGUGAAAAAGCGUUUUUAGAAAUUAAACAAACACUAUCUAGUACUGAAGUCUUAGCCCAUUAUGAUCCAAAAAAAACCUUUAUUCGUGACGUGCGACGCGAGCGCACGGGGACUGGGGGGUGUUCUAUCGCAGCCGAGCGAUGACGGCCGCCGCGAGCGGCCGGUUGCGUACGUAUCUCGUACACUUAGUGAUACGGAGAAAAAUUAUUCACAAAUACACCGCGAAGCAUUAGCGAUCAUAUUUUGUAUGAAUAAGUUUCACCAAUACUUAUAUGGUCGCCAUUUUACAUUACGUACAGACCAUAAGCCUCUGGUAUCUAUUUUCG